GCCACCCGGCCUCCUCGUGGAGAAGAAGCCACCAGACAAGCUCUUCUGCGAGGCGUUCCCCUGCGGGGCGGAGGCUCAGCCCAAGGUGACGUUCCUCAUCGGGGACUCCAUGUCCCCCGACUCCGACAUCGAGCUGAGGAGCCAGGCGGUGGCGGAACAGAUCGCUCGGCACCACAGCCCCGCCGAGAGCGUGAGUCUGUUCGACGAGUAUUUUACUGAUGACAGUUCCGUCGAAACCCGGACUAUUGAUGAUAUUCCAGGGCAAGCAGCCACAGACCUUCUUGCUCACAACAGUAGUUUAGAGUUUUCUAAAAAGCUGUGUACAAAGACUAGCAAACCACCUAGCGAGUUUUGUAGAUUUACGGACCCUGUGCGACCAGAGGCCUACAAAAACUGCUUUAAUGAGCAGGACCAAAGAGAGAAAAUCUCUAUUCGUGUCCCCCAUGGGGACAGGGAAAACGUAGAGAAAAAAGUCGCCCCGGGACUUGAUUGGGACAUUCCAAGAAAUGAGAGUUCAGACAGUGCCCUGGGUGACAGCGAGAGCGAGGACACGGGUCACGAUCUCACUAGACCAAGCGGUAACUACUACGGAGGAGAGCAGGAGGACUGGGCAGAAGAGUCAAAAUUAGUUGAAGUGAACUCUGUCCAGCCCAGCAUUGCCAAUUUUGGAAGAUCCUUACUAGGUGGCUACUGUUCAUCUUACGUCCCUGACUUUGUUUUGCAAGGCAUAGGAAGUGAUGAAAAGCUGAGGCACUGUUUGGUGUCAGAUUUGUCUCAUGCUGUGCAGCAUCCUGUCCUGGAUGAGCCCAUCGCAGAGGCCGUCUGCAUUAUUGCAGACACCGACAAGUGGACGGUGCAAGUGGCCAGUAGCCAGAGGAGAAUGAUUGACAACAAGCUGGGAAAAGAAGUGUUAGUCUCCAGCCUCGUCUCCAACCUGCUUCAUUCCACUCUUCAGCUGUACAAGCAUAAUUUAUCUCCAAACUUUUGUGUGAUGCACCUGGAGGAUCGGCUGCAGGAGCUCUACUUCAAAAGCAAGAUGCUGUCCGAGUACCUGAAGGGCCAGAUGCGGGUUCACGUCAAGGAGCUGGGCGUGGUGCUGGGGAUUGAAUCCAGCGACCUCCCCUUGCUGGCAGCUGUGGCAAGCACUCACUCUCCCUAUGUCGCCCAGAUACUCCUCUAG